AUGUCUUAUCAACAACCGGGAUAUAAUCCGGCGUACCAAAAUCCAUAUCCGCAAGGAGGUGCUCUUCCCCCACCGCCGGGAUUCAACGUCAAUCAGGGACAAGGUGGCCAGUUUCCGCCACCGAUUAUUCCACGUGCCCACAUGUUCAACCAAAAUGUUGAAAAUGGUGACACCGAACAGCAAGGCGAUGGCAAAUAUAACCUACAAUUCAACGAAAAAUCGAUUCGUGCCGCCUUCGUUCGCAAAGUCUUCUCGAUUAUAUUCUUAAUGCUUCUCGGUGUGACAAUCCUCACCGCAAUUCCAUGGUUCCAUCGACCGACAAUGCAAAUGAUCCGAAGAAAUAAUGCACUCUAUUUUGGUGGAUACAUUGUGUUCCUUAUCACAUAUCUUAGUUUGGCUUGCUGCAAAAGUGCCAGACGUUCGUUCCCGAUGAAUGUUAUCCUUACAGCGAUCUUUACUUUUGCCAUUGGUGUAAUGACUAUGGUAAUCACUUCCCGUCACGAUAUUAUCAGCGUUUUGUUGGCGCUGAUUAUUACUACUUUUACCGUAUUGGCAGUGGUUAUUUUCUCAGUCACUACUAAAUUCGAUAUUACUGCACACACUGGAUAUAUCGCAAUCUUCUCUUUUGCCUUCAUCAUCUUUUCUUUUGUUGCAUUCAUUUUUACAAUUUUUGUAAAAGUCAAGAUACUCUUGAUCAUCUAUGCAUUUAUUGGAACCAUUUUGUUCAUGGUUUAUUUAUGCUUGGAUAUUCAGAUGCUUAUGGGAGGCAAGAAAAUUGAGAUCUCCCCAGAAGACUACAUUUUCGCCGCCGUUGAGAUUUUCUUGGACAUUAUUCAGAUCUUCUGGUUGAUUCUCAGCUUAAUCGGAAAUUCGAGGUAA